AUGGCUGCCCCCAGCCGGCAUGGGGUUGAGCUUGUUCGAGCGGCCUUAGGGGUCUGGCGGCUGAGCCCCCACGCUGCGAGGGACUGGAUGGCCCCGCUCCCCUCGCUAGUAGCCAGCUGUCAAUUCAGGCGCGUGUCCUGUGCCGUGGGCGCGGCUUCUUCGGGGCGCCGCCUUGCCCCAGACUCUGGCCGUUCCAGCCAGGUCUCAGCCCUGGACCGCUUACUCGGAUUCCCUCAGCCCGACAGUUCACUGACUGCCUGCGCUCCCGCCGUAUCCAUGCACAGAGGUGAACAGGAUCUCCUGUUGGGCCACCCCCCUGACAUGCCUGAGAAUCCCCGGGUCCUACGAGUUGUCAUUCUUGGAGCCCCAAAUGCAGGAAAGUCGACACUCUCCAAUCAAUUGCUGGGCCGAAAAGUGUUCCCUGUCUCCAAGAAGGUGCAUACCACUCGAUGUCAAGCUCUGGGAGUCAUUACGGAGAAGGAGGCCCAAGUGGUUCUGCUCGACACACCUGGAAUCAUCAGUCCUGCUAAACAGAAGAGGCACCAUCUGGAGCGCUCUUUGUUAGAAGAUCCAUGGAAGAGCAUGGAAUCUGCGGAUCUUGUUGUAGUUCUUGUGGACGUCUCGGACAAGUGGACUCGGAACCAGCUCAGCCCCCAAGUGUUGCAGUGCUUGACUCAGUUUGCCCAAGUCCCCAGCGUCCUUGUCCUGAACAAGGUAGAUUGUCUGAAGCAGAAGUCGGUCCUCCUGGAGCUUACAGCAGCCCUCACUGAAGGUGUGGUCAAUGGCAAGAAGAUCCCGAUGAAGCAGGCCCUCCGCUCAAGCCCCAACCCAGCAGCUAAGGGCUCCAGCACACAGUCCAGGGAAAACCCUCAGCGGACUGGCUGGCCCCACUUCCAAGAGAUCUUCAUGUUAUCAGCCCUAAGCCAGGAGGACGUUAAGAUGCUUAAGCAAUACCUUUUGGCCAAGGCUCAGCCCGGGCCCUGGGAGUUCCACAGCGGAGUCCUCACUAGCCAGACACCUGAAGAGAUCUGUGCCAACAUCAUCCGAGAGAAGCUCCUCGAGUAUCUGCCCCAGGAGGUGCCCUACAACGUGCAGCAGAAAACAAUGGUAUGGGAGGAAGGACCAACCGGGGAGCUGGUAAUCCUACAGAAACUUCUGGUGCCUAAGGAAUCCCAUAUGAAACUCCUGAUUGGUCAGAAGGGCCAGAUGAUCUCUCAGAUUGCACAGGAGGUGGGCCACGACCUCAUGAACAUCUUCCUCUGUGAUGUCCGGAUCCGCCUCUCUGUAAAGCUCCUCAAAUGACCACCCUCUACUGCCCCUCCCAGGGCUGCAACAGGGGAAGUGCCCCUUUCCUGGAGGCCUGACAAAGACGUGAGGGUCCUGGGUGCUGGCUGGCUGGCCUGGCCUUGUCAGCCUCUGCCCAGCCAUGAUGCCUACUAGAGAAGCCUCAGCUCACCAUCAGGUUGUUCUGCCUGGUGCCACAGCUACUUUGGCCUCAGAAAUUGGCCCCUUGGUGGGAGUGAUGGCACCCUACCUCCUGGGGCAUUGGGCCUGUGGUUUCUCUAUGAGUUGCCAGGUGUUAACAGUGAAGAUCUCUUCCCCCAGGAAGCUUUGAAGGGUCCA